UACCACUCCCAGAACGCAGCGCGAAACUUCCGGUUUUUGGCGCGAGGGCCUGAGUGAGUGUUUACACCGGCGGCUUUUUGCGGCCGGGUUCCUUCCGCGGGACGGGGAAAAAGAGAGCGCGCGAAAGAGAGAGGAUGUCUCUCUCAGACUGGCAUCUGGCUGUGAAGCUGGCUGACCAGCCACUUGCCCCAAAAUCUAUUCUUCAGUUGCCAGAGACAGAACUAGGUGAAUACUCACUAGGGGGCUAUAGCAUUUCAUUUCUAAAGCAGCUUAUUGCUGGAAAACUCCAGGAAUCUGUUCCAGACCCGGAGCUGAUUGAUCUGAUUUACUGUGGCCGGAAGCUAAAAGAUGACCAAACUCUUGACUUCUAUGGCAUUCAGCCUGGGUCCACAGUUCAUGUUCUCCGAAAAUCAUGGCCUGAGCCUGAUCAGAAACCAGAACCUGUGGACAAAGUGGCUGCCCUGAGGGAGUUCCGGGUGCUGCACACUGCCCUGCACAGCAGCUCCUCCUACAGGGAGGCGGUCUUUAAGAUGCUCGGCAAUAAGGAAUCUCUGGAUCAGAUCAUUGUGGCCACUCCGGGCCUCAGCAGUGACCCCAUUGCUCUGGGGGUUCUUCAGGACAAGGACCUUUUCUCUGUGUUUGCUGAUCCCAACAUGCUGGAUACAUUGGUGCCUGCUCACCCUGCCCUAGUCAAUGCUAUCAUCCUGGUUCUGCACUCGGUAGCAGGCAGCACCCCAAUGCCAGGAGCUGAGUCCUCUUCACGGAGCAUGCCCUCCAGCUCAUACCGAGAUAUGCCAGGUGGCUUCCUGUUUGAAGGGCUCUCAGAUGAGGAGGAUGACUUUCACCCAAGUACCCGGUCUACGCCCUCUAGCAGUACACCCAGCUCACGCCCAGCAUCCCUGGGAUACAGUGGAGCUGCUGGGCCCCGGCCCAUCACUCAGAGUGAGCUGGCCACUGCCCUGGCCCUGGCCAGUACUCCAGAGAGCAGUUCUCACACACCAACUCCUGGCACUCAGGGCCAUUCUUCGGGGACUUCACCAAUGUCCUCUGGUGUCCAGUCAGGGACACCCAUCACCAACGAUCUUUUCAGCCAAGCCCUCCAGCAUGCCCUGCAGGCAUCUGGGCAGCCCAACCUUCAGGGCUGGAGAAAUGGCUUAGAAGUUAAGAGCACUUACUGCUCUUCUAGAGGACCCAGAGCCAGUGGCAGCCCCAGCUGCAGCAGUUGCGUGACAUGGGCAUCCAGGAUGAUGAGCUGAGCCUACGGGCCCUACAGGCCACUGGAGGGGACAUCCAAGCAGCCUUGGAACUCAUCUUUGCUGGAGGAGCCCCAUGAACUCCCUACUCCGCAGCCCCCAGCAAGUUGCAGUGGCUGUUUCCAUUUGAAGGCACUUGUGAAGGUGCUUCCAGCUCUCCCCUCCCCAAUAUAGCUGACAGUCAACUUUUC